AACUAACGAUAGUUGAUUUGAUCCAGGAAACAUAUUUUCAUUUUGUAGAAAUCACAUAUGUUAUAUGAUCGACAAGGGGAAGAACAUUACAAUUUGAUAUCUGCUAUGCACAAGUCGAUCAGAGGGUCUGAUCCGAAUGCUGCCUUGUAUUGGACCACCAGAAUGAUUGUGAGUGGCGAAGAUCCAAGGUAUAUAGCUCGUAGAUUAGUAAGAGCAGCAAGUGAGGAUAUCGGUAAUGCUGAUCCUAAAGCUCUACAGCUAGCAGUGACGACAAUGGAGGGAUGUCAGUUAUUGGGAAUGCCAGAAGCAGACGUAUUGCUGGCUCAGUGCGUAAUAUACCUAGCUAGGGCCCCGAAAUCAAGGGAGGUGGACAAAGCAUUGGGAAGAGCCAAAGCUCUGAUAUUGAAUCACAAAGGGAUUCAACCUGCAGUGCCCAUGCAUAUUAGAAAUGCUCCCACUACUCUGAUGAAGAAAUUAGGUAUGUCUGCUGUUAGAUUAUUGCAUUUACAUACCAUAGAAAAAAGGUCAACCGAUUUCACAUCGCAUAAUGAACAACCUAAGUGGAACCCACAUUUUGCCUAUGCUAAACUUCUAUCACAAAACGAGGUAAAAGAGGAACCAGCAGCCUCCAGAGUAGCGGAAGUACGACGGAGAGCCCUGGCAAGAAAGAGAGCCAAGAACCAGCAGAUAAGAUCUUCUCAGCUAACCACAGCAUUGUCUCAGUUAUUCCAAGAGAAGGACGAGAAGCAAAUUUUAAAACUUCAAGAGUUGUUUGCUAACCGAGAACUCAGUGAUGCUUGUACUCAAACUGAAGAUAAUAACGAACCUGUUUCUCACCCUAACAUCCAUGACGUACGUUCAAGUGACGUUCAGACUCAGAUUUAUCCCGGAGAUCUUUUCGACUUUGACAAAGAAGUUCAACCAGUAAUCGAGAUACUAGUUGGUAAAACCAUCGAACAAGCACUCAUAGAAGUUCUUGAAGAGGAAGAAUUAGCUUCGCUGAAAGAGCAGCAAAGAAAAUUCCUGGAAUUCAUGUCUGCGGAGACAGCGGAGAAUUUAAGAUUGGAGAAAGAGAAGAAAUUACUAAAAGAACUCGCCGAACAUGGAGGGUCCAACUUGAUAACCAGUGCCUGAAUGCCAAAAAGGAAAGCUCGUUCCUUUUCUGGAGUUCAUAAGGGCAUGUGGUCCAAGUGAAGCACACGUUACUUUCACUUCAAUUUCAUUGUAUAGAUUGAAAAAGAGACUUGGUGAAUGUCAGAAAAUACUAUCUAUUAUGACCGCCGAGUCAUAGACAGACUAUUUCUGAAUAACUAGGUUAAAAAACCUCGAGUUUUUUUACUAAAUAGGUUCUUACAGAAAUAAAUGAGUAACAUGAAAGUGCAAUUACUCUGUAAAAUUUAAUAGAUUACUUACUACUAUCAGUGGGGGUAUCAAAAGUACACUUAGAUGAUAGCCUAGAAGGUUUUUGUUAAAUAUUUCAAUUAAACGGUGAAUCAAUGA